AUGUAUGGCGUCUUCCACAGGCCAGCCAAUGCGUUCAAAGGUGCUUCGCUGGUGAAUCCUUGGGAACUGACAGCGUGGCUAGUGUUCGAUAGUACUGCGCCAAAACAGCCCCAAGACAUCGCCACGAAGCUGGACAUGCAAGAGGAGUCGAGCAUUGGCGGGGCGAACCUGUGGAAGCGGGUAAUUGUACAGCCUGACAUCCCACUCAUGCAGACGCCAUUUGCCUUGCGAGGGGCUCGAGGUCCUUGCUGCGAUCAUCAGGAGCUUUAA